GAUUCCCUUUAGUUCUGAAUUUAGUCUGGUAGCUCAUGAUUAUUAAACUUUCACGUUUUUAUUCCGAACAUUCUUAGUUAAAUUCUUAUGUAAAGAUAUUUGUGUAGGAGGAAUCCGUUUUUAGCGCUGUUUGCUAUGUUGUUAUUUGUUUUAAUUUGUUUUUGUUUUUGUUUUUCGGACGAGGCUGGUAGUGGAGGUGUGCAAGAGAGGCUGGAGGGGGUAGGCAGUAACGUGGGGGACGGGAAGGGCUGUAGAGUGUGUGUGCGUGUGUGUGAGCGUGUGUGUGUGUGUGUGGGGGGGGUUACUCGUGACCGAGUGUGCUUCAUCAUCAAACAAAAGCGUCAUCAAACACGUCACGAGAGAAAAAAGAAAUGUCGUCAUAAAAGGAAGUCUUGCGGUGGGUUUGAACAGGAGAAAAAUGUCUUGUGGAGAUAUUUGGAAAAAAGUUACCACAGACAUCUCUCCUCGGCUUCCUCAUUGCUGCUGACAUCUAAUCAUCUUUUCUGUCUUAAGGACGGACAGUGCUACCACCGGAUUUCACCCUGGACAGUUGGCUAUUGCGGGGGCAGCGGGCGACGCUGAUGGUCAAGUGUUUGGAAAUAUUUUUCAAGUGGUCAACAUACGUCUAUCAAGGAUGAGGAAGAAAAAACGAUAUUUUGUUGGAAUCCUUUGCGUCGUUCUUGCCUUGGUGGUGUUUGUAAGACGCCAUUAUGUUGUGGACUUCACGCCCUCUUUUCUUGCUCCACUUGCCAACAGCGACCUGAGCAUCCAGUCGGGAGCAGUAGACCAUGACCAAGAUUCUUCCACUAAUGUGAGGACAAGAUACCCUACAACUUCUAGCAUCCUGAGUAUUAAUAAUCAACAGUCUGAAAACCCAGAAUACACGUCUAUAGCCGAUAGAAAAUUGUAUCAGCUGACUUCUCUCUCAUAUCCUCUAAAUUCAUGUGCUGGAGGCUGGGAGUUCCCAAGUUCAUCUACUCCACCAUCUGUCACAAACACCACUACAACGACUGCUUCGUUGGACAGCAUCAACGGUUCCAAGGUGAUCUGCGCAAGAGACGUAGGCAGGUUGGGCAAUCAGAUGUUUGAGUAUGCGUCUAUUAUUGGGAUUGCACUGAAAACAAAUAGGACACCCGUCUUUUUAGGCAUGUCGUCUACUUUACAUGAUGUGUUGCAGAAUACUUCGAUCAUUGAGAAUUCUGUCAAAUACUCAAACCAGUGCGAAGAGAACUUUGUACAAGAGCCCGCGUGUUGCAAAUUUUUCCCACGGUUCAUUAUGCUGGAUCCAAACAAGAAUUACAGGAUCGGACAUUACAUUGAGUCGUGGCGAUAUUUCUUUGAAUACGAAGCGGAAAUACGAGAAGCGAUGAAGUUCAAGGACUCUAUAGUGACCCAGGCUAGCAAAGUGGUUGACAGCCUCCGACAGAAACACAACCGCACGCUGACAGGCAUCCACGUACGACGGGGAGACUACCUUUAUAUAGGGUUUGUUGGAUAUAAGACAGCUCCAGUACAAUACCUUGUGCACGCCAUGGACUACGUCAGACAAAGGUUCCGUGACGUCACAUUUGUUAUCUCAUCGGACGACGUCGAAUGGUGCAAGGAACAGUUUGCAAACACAAGUGACGUCACUGUGCUGCAGGCGAAUUCGCCGCCUGCUGUUGACAUGAUGAUUCUUGCGUCACUGGAUCACAUGAUUAUGACGGUGGGGUCCUACGGAUGGUGGGCGAGUUUUCUGAACCCCGGGAUUACCGUCUACUACCGAGAUUUUGUCGAGCCGGGUACAUUUCUCUCGGGACAGUUUAGCCCAAACGGAACUGACUACUACUGUCCAACCUGGAUUGCCUUGUCGUGACUUACAGUGUUAUUGCCAUCAAUGUUGGCAGUUGAUAGGGAAUGUGCUGUGGGUACACCCGUGGCCGUCGUGUCGUGACUUUCAUGUAUUUUAGGAUCUUAAAUCUCAAAAUUGUACUUUCUUUAUUUCAAAAUAUACUACAUUUAAAAGUAUAUUUUAAAUAACUUAAAAUCAAGAAGUGAAGCUGGUCCCUAUUUAGCAAUUAGGUCUUGCGUAUUUGUGUACACAAACAUGUCCAAUCUUCUUCAACAUUUUGUAAUAUGGCUUUACAUGAUUAACAAUACUUUCUCACAAAAUGAGUAAAAACCAACCAAGAAGUUUAGUCUUAUGUUACCUAUGAGAGAGGUAGAGAAAUCUGUUUAUGGCUUGUGCUUAAAUAUUCCU